AUGAUGACAAAAAGCAAAAUUUUCACUUUUUUGGCAGCUUUACUUUUAAUCUGUCUUGUAUUCUCUCACGCAUCUCCCUUACCCUUAACUCGUGCUGUUGGUGAUAAAGCUACUCUCACAUUACCAAAACUCGACGGCUUAGUUACAUUCACUCAAAUUGAUGCCGAAAAUGUAAAAGUUAAUGGGGUUCUCAAGCAAGGAAUCGAUGAAAAUGAUCCUGAUAAUUACUUUAUUCAAAUUGAAUCUGCAAAAGCAUCCUUCACUCAAUUAGGAAUUUCCAUAACACCACCUAGUGCUGGUCCCUGGGAAGCGACUGGUCCUGGAGAUGUUACCGUGCUAAUUGGUUUAACUUUUUCGGUUCUUCACAAUGAUGAUGUUCUUGAUUCUGCAAAAAUCACCCAAUCCUAA